CCGAAACCGUACAGUAACAGCCCCCCAACUUCCUCCCCCUUGGCCAUUCUCAAACGACGACCAUCCACUCACCCUCACAGCGGUCCGAUUCUCACUUUACGAAUACAGGCAGCAGCAAUGAACACCCCAUCACCUAUCUCUGAUCUCGAGGAGCAGCGCAACCAGCAGAUUGCCCUCUUCAAUGGAUAUGCUCACACAAGUCAGCAACCAUUCUUGCCCUCUCCCCCAAUGAGCGUCGCUGGAGCACAGCUCGCGAAUGCUGAUGCAGUUCCUCGCCCGCUCACCAUGCACGAACAGCAAUUGUUGGCCCAUCUCGAUCGUCUAAAAUUCUUCUUGGCGACUGCCCCGUCCCAGUGGGAAGAUGGUAACAUGGGAAGUACCUCCCCUCCAGAGCACCAGCACCCGGCUUUGAACCGCUUCCUCCUUCCUUCUAGCGAGUAUGUGUCUUGCGUGCUCUGGAAUGGCUUGUAUCACAUCACCGGUACCGAUAUCGUCCGUGCACUCGUGUUCCGUUUCGAGGCCUUUGGACGUCCCGUUCGGAACAUGAAGAAAUUCGAAGAGGGUGUCUUUUCUGAUCUGCGGAAUCUGAAGCCUGGCACUGAUGCGUGCCUGGAGGAGCCCAAGUCGGCUUUCCUUGAUCUGCUCUUCAAGUAUCAGUGCAUUCGCACCCAAAAGAAGCAGAAAGUGUUCUACUGGUUCUCGGUUCCUCAUGAUCGGCUCUUCCUUGAUGCGCUCGAGCGUGAUCUCAAGCGUGAACGCAUGGGCCUCGAGGCCACGACUGUGGUUGUCGGUGAGCCUGCUCGGUCAUUCAAGUACGAUUCCAAGCGGAGCCUGUACGACCAAUUCCUCAAGGGACAAAGCGUCGAUGGAGAGGACGAGCUCGACCAGGCGGCGCGUCAAGCUGGGGUCAUAUCUAACUACGAUGUACCCGCUGGCACAAUGACUCCCGAACCAACCCCGAUCCCGGGCCACAUCUCCAAUAUGUUCUCCCUUUUCGAAGGCUCGCCAACGUACAAGCAGCGCAGAAAGAGGGCACUUAAGCCCUCCCGCUCUUCGCGCUUCUCCCGCCCGUCUUCUAUGAUGGGCGAAGCUCGCUCCGAGUCCAUCAGCGACUGGGAGAGCGACAGCCAGCGAAGCACGAGCGUCGAUCUCAGUAUGCCCCACAUCCAGUACCAGGAAGCCACAUACAUGCAGAUGAACCCGAACCAAUACGUGCAGUAUGUUUCGCCUCCUGCCUUCCAGCAGCAAUUCUACAUGAACCAACCUAUGCCGACGCCUCCCUCCUCUGUCGCUUCUUCGUUCUUUGAGAUGCAAGCCCCCAUGAUGAAGACCAAGGUUUUCGCAUGCCAGUUGCACACAUGCGGUCGCGUCUUCAAGCGCAUGGAACAUCUCCGACGUCAUCAACGGACCCACACGAUGGAGAAACCCUACGCAUGCGCCAAGUGUUGCAAACGUUUCAGCCGCAGCGACAAUCUUGCUCAGCAUGUGCGCACGCACGGCCGAGAGGAGGGUACAGGCGCCGGUAUACUCGCUUCCCAGCUCCGUGUAUCCGUCCAGGAGUCUAUCAGCGAGCCCGAGUUUGAGUCCGACGAGGACAGCCUCAUGUCUGAUCCCCGCGAGAUCGAAGUCACCGUCGAAGAGGGUGCAGCUGCGGAGGGCGAGGAAGGUCUACUGCUUCGUCAGACAGCGAUGGCGGGCGAGCACAGUCUGUACAACGUCCCGCAGUUUGCUGCUUCAGCCCCCAACGUCUCGUUGUCUUCGGAGGGCUUCACAUACGGUGGUCUGGCAACGCCUCCUGGCUCUGCUCCAUUCAUGCCCGCUGAUGGCUCAGCAUGGCCCCCACAGACCAACAACUUCCUCUUUGCACAAGAAAUGCAUCGUCCUCCUACGGCACCCGCUACUCCAAAUCUUGAGCAGUUAAAACCAUCUGCAUUCGGUGCCUACGGCCCUAGCCCCAUUCGGCGGCAUAGGAGUGUCACUCCUAACCUGCCUGCUCCUGUACCUCAGGCAUACCUCCGCCGUGGGAACAGUGCUGAUAACUACGCCCCUAGCAAGGCAUGGCACACCAAGUACACCAGCCCAUUGGCCACUCCUCUGGUUUCCUCGCCUGUGGCCGAACCUGAGACGGCAACGCAGGAGAACUACAUGCGCGGGAUGAAUUCGACUGAAAUGGAUAAUGGUCUGUUGCGUUCGGAUGGCUCCUAUGCCUCUGCUUCUAGUGGAGUGCCCGAACUGACCUACUCCAUUUUCGAUUCCCCCUUCAACUCGGCUAGCUCUAGCAGCUCCCUCCCUUCGCUUCACCUCUUCACUGAUCCCAAAGACCUCGUCAGCCCGACAGGCACCUCCGCACUCUUCUCAUUCGAUGCUGCCGCUGCUACUCCUACCCCCACAGCUGCGUCUGUUGCAGAGGCUUUCAGCGAGUUCACGAAGGGCAGGCGAUCGACAGCUCUCUGAUCGACUUACGUCAAUUGAUUCGAACUUUGAUAUCUUGCUCUUCUCACUUGAAACGAAGUGUAUAACAUGGGUCUGGCUACCUUAACUUCGGCCUUGGAAUUAAUCUCAGUU